GAGUUCUCGACGGAGCAUAAACUAAAUUAUUGUUUCACAUCAGUGUCCGGCUGUAGUGUAACUGGCACAUUCGAAGAAACUGCAUGUUCUACGUACAGAUCAGUUAUCUCUAUUGACGAGCAGGUUUUUCAAAACAUUUUCUGCAGUAUGUGUAAUGGAGUUUUACCAAGAUCCUUAACCUGUCCACUUGGAAGCAGAAUACAUGUAGCACACACUUUUGCAUUUUCUGGAUUGCUGAAGCUUGAUAAAGUGGAUGCUGUUCUUGAUAUUAGAAGUAGUAAUAGAGAUAUUGAUAAAUGCUUAGAAGAUCAGCUAUAUGACAAGAUAUUGGAUUCAUGCAAAAAUAUGGUGUGUUCAGCAAUUACUGUACUCAAGUCUGGAACGUGUGUCGAUUUGUUUACAAACCUGGAAAAGAUCACUUAUACUGCAUUUCUUCGCUUAAAACCAGUCAAUCCUUUGUCAGUUAAAGAUGCGCAUAUCGUCGCAGAUCACGUGAUUGCGCACAUGGAAGAGUUUCUGGAUGGAAGUGAAUUAUGCGGCAUGCAGAUCAUAUACAAACCUAAUGUGUCUUUAAGUGAAACUGAUCUUUCUUUUGUUGAAAAUUCAAAUUUACUUUAUUUCGAUGCAAGAGUGUGGUUUUAUAUAUCCAAACGUCACGAUCCAAAUCAAAUCUUAGCAAAACUAAUGCACCUUCAUGACUCAAACCAAACGUUCAGGAUGAAUAACAGGAACGAUCCUGUCAUAUUUAAGUUUCAAGUCAAGGACGACCAUCCUGAAAAAUUUGAUGCAGUAUCUUUUCUGUCGCAGUCAAAUGAUAAAAACAACGAUUCAGAGACUUCUUUGGACGGCUAUGACUUCGUACUAUUGCCAAAUCUUAUAGCUAACAACUAUGAAGGCACUUGUGCAUUUAGAAAACAAGAUUAUAAUAUUAUAGAGAUCACAACCUGUCCAAAAAUAGAGGUACAUGCAUCUGACGUACCUUGGAAGGAAGGCGAGAACGGUAUUACUUUUCAAGUUGGAAACUAUGUCCUUAAAAGUAAUGAAUAUUAUUUCAUUGACGAGGAUCACAUAAUGGUAUGUGCAGACAAGUACAAACAUUACUUGACCCAGAUACCACAAGAAGAAAGGGAUACGUCUCUCUCAGUAGAAUCUAUAAUAUCUAUUGCAUGUUCAGCUGUAUCUAUUUUAGCUCUUUCUUUUACCUUUUUCGUAUAUUGCUUCUUUUCAAAACUUAGAGGGACAAUACCGGGCAAAAACAACAUGUCAUUGGUAUUUACCUUAUUGCUCGCUCAGACUUUAUACUUAACUGGGAGCUUCAGUGAUUUCAAACGGAAUUCAACUGAAUGUCUUCUCUUUGGUAUAUUGAUUCAUUUGGCCUGGUUAGUAGCAUUGUUUUGGAUGAAUAUUUGCACUUUUCAUAUGUUCCGCGUUCUUGCCAGAACAAAGGUUAUGUCUCAAUCAUCGGGCACAAAAAGAUUGGUAAUAUAUCAUGUUUACGCGCAGUCAAUGGCCGCCAUAUCUGUUUCUAUAAAUAUCGGCGUAUCAUACUUCAUGAGCGGUGAUUUUGGUUAUGGUACUGAAACUUGCUACAUUUCUUCGCAGCAGAUGAUUAUAUAUACGUUUGGUAUUCCUGCAGCUUUUGUCGUACUUUCUAAUCUCUUUAUGUUUACAUUUGUUAUCAUUAAAAUCAAGCGGUCACCUUCGGUUCAAAAGAAUGUUCAAAAUGAGCGCAAUGACAUAAUUGUGUUCGCUAAAUUAUCGACCAUCACUGGCGCGACCUGGGUUUUUGGGUUUCUAUACAUGUGGACAAGUUCUGCAGCGUUGUCCUACAUGUUUAUUGUUUUAAACGCUAGUCAAGGACUGUUCAUCAUGCUUGCGUUUGUAAUAAACAAGCGAGUCUAUGACCUGUUUAGAUGUCAGGUUUUAGGACUGACCGUUACGUCUUCAGAGAGUAGGCGUCCGACAUCCAAAACUUCCAUCAAAAUGUCGGACAAAUCGUAAUGGGUAUGCUUUCAACCGAAAUAGUGCGAACAGAAUAUUAUUAAGGAUUUCAUUUUGGGUAGAGACUCUUUCUGAAUCGUUUGAUUAUGUGAGGUGUUAAGUGACAAUUAUAACGUUAUGUGCAAUGACUUUUGUCCGGCUUACUGUAUAUUAAAUGAGUAAUGUUUGUCAAUCAUCUUUUGCGUUAGCCUGACAAGAGACAAUUUGCGAACGGGAAUGUUUUGAAAAUAUUUAGCUGAUGUUCUUGAAUAAUAAUGUUUGUAGUCCACGAUUAUUUAAUAGCUUUAAUGGAAUGAUCGGUUAAUGCAGAAGUAUAGCCUUUAAAUACAAAAGCUCCUAAGACAUACUGGUAAACAUUUAUUUGCUUAGUCUAGCUGUUCCAGAUUUUUAUGUAAAAUAUCCCUGAGAUUACUACUCAAACAUUGUUUAUAAGAAAAUACAUGUAAACUUCUUUUUUCCAUAUAUUGAGUGUCAAUAUUGUUAUAAGCAUUUUAGUAUAAACAUUUUAAACGGUUUUAUAAAAUCAAAUUAUUGUAUAAAUUGUAUUGUAUUACAUCGCACUGUAUUGUAUUGUGCUGUUAUUGUAUUGUAUUUAAGAAAUAAUAUACAUAAAAACCAUGUUUUAACAUAUCGAAACAACACGAAUACUUUAUACGUCUGUAGAAUUUCACGAUGACGUAGCCUAAGUGAAUUAUACCCGCGGCGCUUAACCGAGUCGUAUCAUAUAUCAAAACAUGGUUCUGCUAUAUAUUAUAUCAAUUCGUGCAUGUCUUUUGUGUAAAUAAGUAAAUGAAAUAGCGGAGCUCUUUUUCAUGGCGCGUGCAUGGAGCCAAAUAUAGAAGGUUACAUGUCCCGCGGAAAAAGGUCUUCUGCCUGUAAAGGCACUCAAAAUACACUAAUAAAUUGUCGCAAGACAAGAAGAAGAAAAUGACGCGAACCACAAUUAUUCUCUUUUUACUGAAGUGCGCAUGCGUGACAUUGGAGUGUGGGAUAGUCAAGGCAUACAGACACUAAAUAGAAAAAUGGCGCGAAAAAAAAUGGUAGUCGCAUAAUGGCGGAUACAAAUAGUCCUCAGGUUUUUUGCUCUGUAGAGCUAUUUUCCUUAUUUUCUUUGCAUUUUUUGGCUAAAAUCACAUGACAGAUCUUUGCUUGACAUGUAGGUAGCAUUUUCAUAAUGAAAUAACAACAUGACAAAAUUGUUCAUGGAAACUUAGAUCAUACACUACCAGUAUAAUUUGGGGUCUCAUUUUUUAGCUGAUUUUGCAGUUUGUGUGUUUGACUGAAAUUAUUUUUCUUGCAUCAAACAUGACCCCCACUUUUCUUUUGAUUUUUAUUUAGCACUGACAAUAUUCUUCAAGAAAAUGUAGGUUACAGACAUUUAAAAUGGGUCCUGAUGUGUGCUGCGGCCAUUGGAAAUAGGUCAAUUUUAUAUAGAAUAAAGAACAACAACUAUUUAGUGUGUUAUAACCUCAAAUAGGCCCUAUUGAGGCCCGUCACCGUGGUUAAUCAAUAUGAAAAUGAAAAUGACAGAUGAAUGAAUGUAUUGGAAAUGUAUAAGGAUAUUUGAAAUAUGGGGUUGAUAGACAAUAAACAAUAACAGCAAUAAUAGAAAAACAAUACAUAAUUUUUAUUACAUACUCAUUUAAUAACUCCGUUACGGUAGUUUUGCACGUACGGAUCGAAAUUUUUUCUACAAUGUAGAAUUUGAUUAAACCCUUUUCAAAACUUCAGAAUAUAGAUCUACGUCAAAUAAAAAAGAUAGGGUCGUGUGCUUAAUUUAUUUUUUGCUAGACUGAUUUGAAAAAUUUGGACCUCAUUCAAUUUACCAAAUGGGAGUCAUCGUAUGGGAAAAUCACUACUUUCGUAACAACAUUUUUUUUACAAUGUAGAUUUUAAUGAAACUUCCCACAGUCGUAGAUAAACAUAUUGUCUAUAUUGUGGUGAAAUAAAAUGUAUAGGUUCGUGUGCUUAUUGAGAUAUUUAACAAUGAUUCAAAUGAACCGCACAUUUCAAGCUAAUUUUAAGACAUUAUUUUGAAUUAUAUAGCGUGUCAGAUGUUUUAAUAUAAUAUUUUAACUUUAGAAAUAUAGUAAUAGUGCCAUUGUAAAAAAAUACUCACGGGUUGACAUUAAUUCAUAAAAUGAUUUUCAAUCCGUACUCCGAAUCCAGGCUUUAUUCUACUUUUUCCAGAUAAAGGACAUUACGUCAUCACUUCCGGUUUAUCAAACGUGCAUAACUACCUUAAGUUUCAAUGGAAACUGAAGCGUCAAUAUUUUUCCAUAGUGACGUUCAAAUUUCAUAUCGGGUGUUCCCUGUUCUAGCAUCUGCAUAAUCCCGGGUCUCUCGGUCUCGGGCACAGAACAGUCACUUCGGAUUAUGUUAGGGCUGUCAUUGAUUGGGUCUUUUGCAUAUCGACGAUACCGAUAUAUCGGAAGACAAAUAUCGACGAUACAUCGAUAUAUCGAUUAUUAAGUUAGAUUAACAAUCUCUUUGUUUAUGGGCAUGCUAUAUACCUUCUCGUUAAUGUUAUGUCUUUUUUUUUUUGCCUACUUUUUAUAUUACUGUUUGAUUGUGUUGUAUUUGUAUCUAUGAAAUAAAUAAAAUAAAUGAAAAUUAAUGAAAUCUUU